UCGCUGUCUCCGUCUCGGUUUAGCCGUCCACGUCCUCUUUGUCAUUCUGUAACUGAAUUCAAAUUGAAGAACUCGCCAGUCCGCGCGGAGAGAACGUUUCGACUGAGGAUGACUGUUAUAGACUUGAUCACUAGAGUCGACGCGAUUUGCAAGAAAUAUGACAGAUACGACGUCGAUAAGCACAAGGACGUUAACAUCAACACCGAUGAUCCUUUCGCUCGCCUCUACAGCGUCUUUGAGGGUGAAGUUGACGCUGUUCUCCAGAAAUCGGAAGCGGCGGCGGUAGAGAAAAAUAGGGCGACGGCUGUUGCUAUGAAUGCGGAGAUUCGAAGAACCAAGGCUCGACUGCUCGAGGAAUGGCCUAAAUUGCAGAGACUUGCUUUCAAAAAGGUUAAGGGGCUUUCGAAGGAAGAGCAUGAGGCUCGAGGUGAUUUAGUUUCUGUCCUGAAAGACAAGAUAGAAGCAAUACCAGAUGGAAGUACAACAGCAGCUACACAAACUGGCGGUUGGGCACCUUCAUCCUCAUAUGCAGGAAUCAAAAUUGACUCAACUUAUGAUGGGAAAUUUGACAAUGAGUAUUUUCAAGCAACUGAAGAGUCUGAUCGGUUUAAGCAAGAGUAUGAAAUGCGAAGAAUAAAACAGGAUCAAGGUUUGGAUGCUAUCGCAGAAGGGUUGGAUACUUUGAAAAACAUGGCCCGUGACAUGGAUGAGGAAUUGGAUAGACAAGUGCCACUGAUGGACGAGAUAGAUGAGAAGGUUGACCGGGCAACCUCUGACCUGAAAACUACUAAUGUGAGGCUCAAGGACACUGUGAACCAGCUGAGGUCGAGUCGCAACUUCUGCAUUGAUAUCAUCCUCUUGUGUGUAAUUUUGGGUAUUGCUGCCUAUUUAUACAAUGUGUUGAAGUGAAUCUCUUUUUCAGCAACUGCGAAGUCUUGUGCACACUUUUUAGUUUUUACUUCAGUGGCAUACUAUGUUUUACUCCUAUAGAGUGGUUAAUCAUGGGGACUUCUCCUCGUAUAGAUAUUUGUGGCUUGAGAGUUUCAUUUGUAUGUUAUAGACAAAUAGUCCCUCGCUCUAUAUUUGCAGUUGCAUUGGUUUUAGUUUGAGUUGGUUAACUAACACCAUAAAACAGCAUUUGUAUC